AUCAAACCAUUCUCUUUACGGAGGGAGACACUUUCUUAUCUCAAUCUCAUCUUCUGGUAUUAUAAAAAAUAUAAAUAAAAGCUCUGAGAAAAAAAGCCUUACCUUGAAUCAUGGGAAUGGAUUUUGGCAACGGCCUUUCCUUUGCCGCCAUUGUCCCCACUGUAUACAAAAGAGAAGACUAUAAGCGUACCAAACACGACGCCGUUUUCUCCAACUGGAAGGUUCUGAUAGGUUCGGAGGAUUGGGAGGAUUUCAAGAAGGGGAAAGACGGUGUAGGUAGAUACAGAGUCCAGAACUUACCUCGUAAAUCUUGUCCUGGUCUGUAUGAGCUAGGUGUAGCAGUCAUUGACCAAGCCCGAAAGCUUGACUCGGAUGAUGUUCUCGCUGCGUAUCUAGGACAAGCUGAAAGUGUUAGAUCUAGGCUUCAGUCUUAUGGACGAUCCGGUGCUCAUUUGCGCACUGUUAACAACAACAACCUUGAUGGUUGUUGUGAGUCUCCUCCAGAUAAGAAGGCGGGUUUGUUUGAGGACAUUUUCAUGAAACAUGGCUCGGUUGUCUAUAGAUGGGCUCCGAUGGGGUCUAAGAGGGAAGCUGAGGCAACGGAAGGGAUGCUAUUGAGCACGUUUGACUAUGCGUGGAACAAAGGAAGCAACGGGGAGCGACGCCAUCUUGAUUUGCUUAACAAGCUUGGUGAUCUCGAGUUUAUUAGCAACAGAGAGUCCGGGGUAUCACGUGUGCUCUUUCCUUUUCUCCGGAACCAAGAGAGAAACCUAAGCUGUGAUGUUGUUGUUGGUGAAGAGGAGAAGAGUACUAGUACCAAACUCUCCCGAUCCAGACCGCAACCGGUUUCAGACAAAUCUGAUGAGAUCUUCUCAGGUGGUUCUUGUUGUUCUGAUUCUGUUUGUGGAGUCCUACUUGAAAACGGGGAUUGUUGCAGUAGGAGUCCAGUUAAAGGAAGAAAGAGAUGCUUAGAGCAUAAAGGGCAGAGAAUCUGCCGUGUCUCACCGGUUAAACCACAUCCCGAGACUUUCAUCACCAGAAGACAAGAUUACAACACUGAUGUUGUUACAACCUGUGGAGUGAUCUUACCAAACAUGGAGCCUUGCAGCAAGAGACCUGUUCCAGGAAGAAAACGGUGUGAGGAUCAUAAAGGCAUGAGGAUCAACGCUUUCCUCUUUCUUCUUAACCGGACAGACCGUGAGAAAACCGUCAAAGAAGAAGCUUCGAAGCCUAGCUUCUGUGAAGCUACAACGAAGAAUGGCGUGCCUUGCACAAGAAGCUCUCCUAAAGGAAGCAAGAGGUGUUGGCAACACAAGGAUAAAGAGAACAUUCAUCCGGUGGUAGCCGCCGAAACACAAGUGACGUGCGGUGUUAAAGUGUUUGAUGGAUUGGUCUGUGAGAGAUCUCCGGUUAAGGGACGUAAAAGAUGUGAAGAGCAUAAGGGAAUGAGAGUCAUCAUCAUGACUUAGGUUAAAGCUCGCCACUAACUGGAAUUGUUUGUACUAAACUGGUUUUAUUUGUUUGUUGUAC